CGGUGUUCCCCCGGAAGAGCUGGAGGAAGUGUCUGGGGAGAGGGGAGUCUGGGCGUCCCUGCUUAGACUGUUGCCCCCGCGACCCGGCCCCGGAUAAGCGGAAGAAGAAGAAGAAGAAGAAGAAUCAGCUUUGAGAAUACUUCCUGAUUAGCACACACACACACACACACACUUCUCGAGGAAGUAACACAGGGUCACAUGAGUUCUAAAGGUCACAUUGACAACUGUGCCAACAGCCUGUAGUUUCAGGAAACAUACAUACUGGAACAAUAGUGCUAAAUGAUCUGCACCCACAUACGCAAAGACACACUCCUUGUCAAGUUCAAUGAUUAACUGCAAAGAUAACGAGAAGGCAGCUCUGCUUAGAGUGCAGAGGAAGAUUGGAGCUAAAAAUACAGAGGCAUAGGAAAACGACAGGAAAGACGAGUCAGUCCACUUAGCUGCUACUCAUUUUACAUUGCACAAAUCUUUCUUACAUGGAGGAGAGCACUGGACAACCCAGGAAGAUUGAACUAAAUGAUGGCACAUACAUGCCACUACUGGGACUUGGAACAUGGAAGCCUGAGGCCGUUGGCCAAGAUAUGAGUCAGAGGGCCGCUGAGGCAGCGAUCGCUGCUGGAUAUCGCCAUAUAGACACAGCCUACUGCUACGGGGUUGAGACAGCGGUGGGGAAGGCCAUCCAGUCCAUGAUACAGCAGGGCAUCAUCAGACGCCAAGACAUGUUCAUAGUCAGUAAACUGUGGGGUACCCAUCAUGCUUCUGAAGACAUUGCUGUUUGCUUAGAUAAAUCUCUUAAUGACCUUCAGCUUGACUACCUGGACCUAUACCUAGUACACUUUCCAGUAGGACUGAAGAAAAUGGGUGAUGAGCUUUUCCCACAAAAGGACGGAAAGGUCCUCACAAGUGACAUUGACUAUGUCGAUGUGUGGAAGGGAAUGGAAGCGCUGAAAGCCACAGGAAAGGUGAAAAGUAUUGGUGUCUCUAAUUUUUCAAUCAAACAACUGGAGAGAUUGCUGUCCGUGGCUAAAAUCCCACCCGCUGUCAACCAGGUGGAGCUCCAUCCUUACCUGGUUCAGUCUGAUCUGAUUGAGUAUUGUAAGUCCAAAAACAUUGCUUUAACAGCAUACAGUCCAUUUGGCUCACCAGGAAGACCUUUGGAAUAUCAAGUAGGAGAAACAGAUCCCAUGUUAUUACUGCAAGAUCCUGUCAUUGGGGAUAUCGCCAAAAAGCACAAUCGGAGCCGUGCGCAGGUUCUGUUACGGUAUCACGUGCAGCAGGACAUUGUUGUGAUCCCGAAGAGCAUGAAACCCCACCACAUUUUAGAAAACACCAAGAUCUUUGAUUUCACUCUAGAUGAAGAAGAUAUAAAUGCUCUUAGGUCUCUGAAUCGAGGCUGGAGGGCCUGCGUCAUAAAAGAAUUGGAAUCACAUCCAUUCUACCCCUUCAAGUGAAAUGCCGUUAGUAUCGGAUAACCAAGAACCCACCUACAAAAAAAAUGACCAAGCACUUCCGGAGGCCAAAGUAAACAGGGCACUUUUUCGAUUGUUAGAUUCAGGCACUCGUAUGUUUAUAGCUAAACUGAAACAUUUAAAGGCACUGGAGUAAAAUAUUUUCAGAUAUGCUAACAGAUAUCAUUAUUUUAACUUCAUUUGGGUUCAAAUAAAGCAUUAAAGCAUAGAUAGCUAUUAUGAGCCGGCAAGAUUUUUCUUUUUGAAAGACGUCUCUGUAAACAGAAUAACAUUUAAACAGAAUCCUUUUGUAUAUGCCCGUAUGAAUGCAUUAACUGUCGCUUUUGAUCAAUUUAAU